AUGGCAGCUAAUGGAGAUAACCCUCCUGGUCGCGAGCCUGUAAAUGGAUGGAAGCCCGCAGAGCCAGCCUCGUCCAUCCUUGCGGCACAUUUCGCUCCGCGUCUCGCAUCCCAAGGGCACGAAGCGCAGCGACUGUCGCGAGACACCUUUUCACAGCUUCGGCAAGAACUUCUUGGUGAAAAGCAUAUCCAAAUGCGUGCUGAUGAAGGUAUUACCGACAUCAACAAAUUAGUAUGUAUUGUUCUCCAGGCCGGCUUGGAGGCUAGUCCAACCAACAGCGCCUCGGAAGGGGAUCUGGAAGGGCAGGUCUUUGACUGUCUGGACAUCAUUCAAGCAAGCAUCGAAAAGGCCCCACAAGCUCUGUGGGACAUCUCGGAUCCGCUCAUACUGGGCGAGGAACUUCAAGCGCCGUUGUUUGCAUGGUUGAUCCUUCGACUGAUUAGGUUGGCAUGCAACUGGCAAUGCGAAGCUAUUCAGGACAAAAUUCGCCUGGUGUUCACCAGCAUCGCUUGUUUGCAAUAUAAGCACGCUCUUUCAUCUCCUUCCUUUAAUGGCAUUUCGCCCCAAGGCGACCAUCGAAAGCCUCGAGAAGCGCCGAGUCCUGAUCCUUCGCCAGAAUCUCUCUUGGGUACUCAACGGAUACAAUCGCCUACGAAGAGUAUUAGUCAAAUGGCUACAGAGUGCACGCUCGAAGUUGAGCUCAAACGAAGAGGAAACCUGCCUUCAAUUUUUAUCGUCUUCCCGCCGUUUCUUAUCAGCCAUGCAUUUCUUGCAAUGCAAGGUCAGAUUAGUCACUAUCUGGACGAAUUCGUGCAAUCAACGAGACACUCCAGUUCUUCUGCCCAGCUGCUGAGGGAAAUAAUUCUGCCGGCCCUAGCAGAGAUCGAGGACCGGGAUCUUGAUCUGCAGUCCAUGGAUCCUUGCCUUUUGACCUCUCUUCAAUCUCUUCGUGCCGAGCUGUUGGCCACCUCGACACCGGCAAGACGCUCAUCGGCGGUCACAUCAGUGGCUCUGGUGGAAGACUUUUCCCUUGCCAGUGACAAGCCCGGUGCGACAGGUCAAAGAACAGAAGAGAAUGACAAAGCGCGCGCAUCAAAGCGGAUUUGCCUUUCUGGCGAGCUCUCUGGCCAGAAUCUUCAACAGGGUUUAAUGGCAAAACUAUCUUCACUACUGGGCCAUGACCCUACUGAAAGCUUGACGGAAUUACAUGCUGCAAUUCAGAGCUCAUUCGAAAGUCUAUCUGAAUACCACAAGUCGGAGAUUAUGGAACUAAUGGGCAAAGUUUCUUGCUCCAUGACGAAUAAUUUGGUGCAGAAGCCGUCGAUGAUUGGAAUGCGGGAGACUGUCUUUUGUCACGCCUGUGAUGGUGAACGUCUCCAACCUGAAAUGCUUCCAGAGAAAGAAACGCUUCAGUUUGAGGUGUUAUGGUCAAUAUUCAAUUUCAUAUUACCAAAACUUACACGCACACCUGGCCCACGCAUCACUGCUAUGGUGGCUUUGAAGAGAAUCCUAAUGCACUCUCCUGGCUCAAAUCACAUGCAUCUUUCAUCAUCUACAGCUGGAGAAUUCUGUCUUCAUUCCCUUCGCAGCUCUGUCCGAGAGCUUCGGGUCGCGACCGGCUAUUCAAUGGUAGCAUUUGUGCGUUCUAAUCUCCAACCGGACAUCCGUCGGGCGAAUUUUGUCAUUGUAUUGGAAUGGCUGAAAAACCUCUCAGAGAAGGACGACAUGCCUUUACAAGAAGCAUGCGUUCUGACAUUGUGUCAACUUGCCAGUGUCUCAGAAGAUGAAGAGAAAAACAUCAUUCUCCUUCGUCUCCUGGAGUAUCUCGGUCAUCCAAAUCCCUAUGUCUGUGCCGUUGCCUACAAUGAGCUGUCUAAACUUGCGCAGCAAUUUGCAGUGACUCCUGCUGGCUUGUUUCGGCCCUAUUGGAGGACUUUGUCCGUGGUGAUCGUCAAAAACCUCCAGACUCGCCCACACAUGGCCGAGCAGCUUUGCGAAUUGCUUGGAAUGAAAGUGGAUGGCUUCCUUCGUCUGACGGAGGUACAUGUCCUCCCAUAUUUGGUUCUGACCCGGAAACGGGACAUCAUUUGCAGGAUCGGGGCAAGUCGCAAUGAAGGCGAAUCGCCAUUCGAUGUCUGCUCCGAAAAGAACAAUCUCGCUGCGAUCCUUUCUUUCCUAUUGUCUCAGCAAUCGAACGACCCAGAGGCGAUGAUCAUGUCUUUAUUAGCUGAGAUAGAUCCUGCUUUCAGAAGUCGGACACUAGCCGAUCUGGUUCGGAUCGAGCCGAUUCUUAUCGCCUGUGACUUACUCAAAAGUCUCGGGGAUGCUGGAGAGCAGAAUAAGGAGAGAUUCCAUCAAGCACUUAUGCGCCUGGCUACAUUCGUUCCGCGGAAGUAUGCUCAUGGUAGCUCUUCCAAAAAGACAGACCUCUUAAGCCACUUUAUUGAGGAACAUGUUCUUGGUAUCAUCACUCAAUUUGCAAAUGCAAUUAACGACUUCCAGGUGAGACAGACUUUGGCGGAAAAAAGACGAAAUCUCAAAGCCAUUGAAGAGAUGAUCAACAUCUCUCAAGGCCAUGUUAGCAAUGCACUGCCCCAAGUCUGUGCCUGCCUCCGAUCAGCACUUGAUAUUGAGGAGCUUUGUGACCACGCUUUUGCGGCCUGGAAGACCUUGAUCAGCUCACUUAGUGAGGAGGAUAUCGAGCCGCUCAUCGACCAGACAUUGGCGAUUGUCAUCAGCUCAUUGAUCAUAUUCUGA